AGAAAGCAUGACGGAUUUUGAAGUUCAGUUGGAGCUCCAGCUCCCCUCUGACGACUCUCCGUCGGGACAACGUGCGCCCGGGGUCCUGCAGGAAGACGCGGGCGGCGACAGAGAGGCAGCCCGCAUGAUGGAGGCUCUCCAGAACACCGGACACGGAGAGGCGGAGGAGCCGCUGUCGCUCUUGUCUGCCGUUGCUCUGGCGCCACCUUGCGGUGAUAGCGUGAACUGCAGCACACACUGCGAGUCCUGCAGCUGUCUGGGGGUCAGACCGAGGGAGAGGAGCCUCCUGUCCAUGGAGCUGCAGCUCCAGUUCCUCCUGAGCAAAGCAGAUGACUUGCACGACUGGCUCGUCAACAGGCGGGGUCACCUCGAUAGAGAGGCUCUUGCUGCUGCAGUGCCAAGCUUCCUGUACACCUGUCAGCCUUACUUUAACCACCUGGAAGCCUCGAGCGCCGUGUCAGAGCACACCCAUCUGCCUUGUGACGUCUACACAAGGCGUGUGCAGCUGUUGGAAUUCUCUCAGCAGCUGUGUGACAGGUUGGAGCAACUGGUGUUGACCUACGGCAGCUAUAAUAUCCUUUGUCUGGACGAGACCAAGUCUAACAGUGUGUCUCACUUCUGCGUGGGUCAGAGUCGGCACGGCCCACUGAGGGUGACCGCCUUCCGCUACUGUAAGCCCACGGCGUACCUGGCCCAGGCCGACACCGGCCUCUACAAGCGCAUGCGCUGGAACGUGGAGAGACUCCGUGACGAGCGGCAGACGGAUGCCGAGUGUGAGGCGGGGGAGACGGACGGCGACACAGAGUAUUACUUCCUGUGCUACGAGGACAUCCCCAACGCACACGCAGACAUCCCCAAUGCACACGCAGACAGCCAAGGCGUCUCUCACGGCAGCGUGGUGAGGAUGUGGUCCAUCGGCCUGUGGGUGCAGGUGACCCCCAUCACAGAGGACAUCUACGAAUGGAUCAUGUGCGAGGUUCCUCUGGCCGACUAUCACAGGCUGUUGUACCUGGGCAGCGAAGAGCCGUCGAGCUGCUGCGCUUCAGACUACCUGCAGCAGCUGCUGUUGUCACACCAGACCCCGGAGUGACGGCGCCGAUGGCGCGCACGUGACUGCCGUCUCCGGGCCCGUCCCGAUGGUUUGGCACGAGGAAGGGCAGUGCGUGAAGAAGAAAAAAAAUCAACCGGACCGUUUGGAUCGCGAUCCUCAAAGCUGGUCAAGAAGCAGAUAUGAGUCACCGAGUUCUUGAGAGAUUCUAAAGGUCGAAGAUCUGGACGUCGGAGCAGAAACAGCCGAGCUGAAGUCACAGGACAGUGAAAUAUGUGAAGAUUUCUGCCUGAUGCGUUCAGGGCCUUUUUGAUUUUUCCAUAUUUAAAAGCUGUUCUUUGUAAUGCACUGUGGCCAGUGUUGGUUUCCAAAACAAUGUUUUAUAAUUGUCGUAGUUUUAUGCCGUGCACUGUGACGAGUCCGUUUGACUCCCGAUGUUUGCUGCACACUAUUGUCACUUUAAUUUGUUCAGUGUGUGAACUUGGAGAAGAUUUGAGAGAUUGUAUAUAUUUUGUUCCAUUCUUUUACAACAGUUCAACAUAUUUAAGUAUGCAUUUCAAAGAAGUUCAGAAACGUAAUUAAAAAAAAAAAUUUAUUUACAUGGAGCAUUGAAUUACACACAAUGACAGACGUCCUGUCUACCAGAGAGUUGAAAUGAACAUUUAUCGUGACAUUUUAAAAACAAGCUGCCAUGAUUUGGGCUCCUCCAGCAAGAGUUGCCCAUUUACUUCAGGUUCAUAAAGCCUUUUCAAUCAGCACUCAGAGGUCUCACUUUGUUUUUCAUAAAUUAAUAUUUAAAAUGUGAGAUUUAUCAUCUUUGAGCAAAAUGUCUGUUUACUCAGUUCAGUCUAGUGUUCAGUUUGACCUUGUAAUCGUUCAGCUCAUCAGUUCAUAAAGAAGGUCAUUUACUUCAGGAUCAAAUCUACCAUUUAAAACCAACAUCCUUCAUUCAAUAAAAAUCUAUAUAUGACUCUUAAAAGGGAUUCUAUGCUUCUAAAUCUCUAAAGUACAAAAGUAAAGUGGAGUUUCCUUUCAUUACAGUGAACAGUCUUUUGAAACAAUGUACACACGCUUACAAAAUCACCACACGGACACGUUUAAGAAAGCACAAUUAAAAAGUCCAGCUUCAUAAAAAAAACAAAUGCAGAGAGCAUAAUGCGUCCGACCUGGGGAAGCAGACAGAGGUAAACACCCGCCUGCUGCACAUGGGCUGCGAUAAGAGAACGGACCGAUUAGUAGGCGAUGUUCCUGGAACCAAGAGAGGGGAAGGGGUCAAAGGUUAAAGCACCGGAUGUAGAUUCCUACUGCUUUCAAUUCAGUUACUAACCAAAAACCAGCCCGCGUGCCACUGGGCCCUCCAUUUAGAUUUACAGUCCGGUCGGAAAUCUACUGACUCCCAGAAAUGUCCUCUUUAAACCCGUGAGGUCACAGCGAGGCGACUGCCUUUAAAAAAACGCUGACUGACGAAACGCACAGAACCCAGACAGCACCCCGACUUCACCGUUUACAACACGCAGUUUAUACCAGAAUGAACCCAACCUCAAGUCACACAAUAAAAGGGAACCCUGACCUUCGGCGGCGAAGCAGUUGAACCCCAUCGAGUUGGUCUUCGAAUGUAAAGUCUGUGGAGACUACUGCAGUGUAGGAGGCCCCGUUUGAUAAUCGCCUGUCAUCCCCAACAGAUCUAUCAUGUGAGCAUGCGACUCGAAGGGGGACUGCACACAUGGCUCCAGAGCAGUGGCCAGAGGGGGGGGGGGGGGCGCUGGAACGACACGGCUGUGGCCUCAGUAGUUUGCAAAUACGUCAUCGCCGAUAAACAUUUAGAUUGGUACGAAUGUACCAGACUGAACCGGACCAAGUGCAAUCUCAGAAUCUUUCCUGACUUUUCAGUAGCGUGACAUCUCCAGUGCAUUCUCAUUUUAAAAUAACGUGAUAAGGAGCUUCCAUUUAAAAAAAAAAAGGGUUACAGGUGAGGAAUAUAAAGACGUAAAAACAACCAAAACUCAGUUUACGUUCGAGUGAUAGAGGCCAUUCGGCCCCAUCGUGUGUGUGUGUGUGUGCACAGAUCAGGCGCAGAUCCAACCCAUUAGCCAGUAGCAGUGUGCAUCACAGGAUACGGUCAAUAUUCAUAUGGUUACAGGUGCAAGUUUAAAGGAUUGAACUAUAACUUUGUAGUUUGUGUGCCUGACGCCGUGUGAGAGGGGAACAGCUUCAGUGCUUUGUCACGUUUGCGUUGCCUUGUGUGUUUGUGGCAGAGCUAAGAAUGUAAGUUAUUCACCAGCACCGGGACUUUCUUUCCCCGGGUACAGACUCACGGGCAGCGCUGCAGGUGCUGGACUGACCCGACUUACCUGGAAUGCAACCAUGAUCCAAUCUUUGGCUUUUCCAUGUCCCAAAACAAACCCAUCCACUCUGUCGGUCGUGGUAGCUACACCCGAGGGCCUUGAUUCAGGGCAAGAAGUGUCGUUUACCUUUUUUUGCUUCCAUAAACAGCACGGGACCAACAGCCACCGAUUGGACUGCAGCAUCAAGCAGUCCCACCCGUGUUGUGUGCGCUCGUUUGUUUAAACAG